CGACACCCUGAGCUCCCUUCUACACUUCCGUAAACACGCAGUUCCCUUCCUCUUGCGAAAUUGGAUUUCCCACAUGCGCUUGCCCAUUUAAUUCAUAGUCGGACAUUUACGCUCAGAACUUUCUAAUAACUUUGCAGAAAUGAUUAACAUUAUUCAAAUACUCUUAACUGUUAGUGGCCUUGUAUAAAAAUGUAAGCGGCGAGUCCUUCCCUCUUUAGCUGGAUCUUUUAGCUUCGGGACAGCUAGCAUCACAAAAACAAGCACUUUUUCCCAUGAGCGCAGUGGAAUAUGGAGACUGAGGGUCGGGACUUUUUGAACACUCCUCCUGUUAAGACGGUCAGGUUUGGAGGCAGUGUUGCGGACACGCUAAUUAAACAUAAACAGGGAGACUCGAGUGACUACGAACUGCUGAAACAUCAGCUGGCUGAUCCUGACAUAAAGGAUGCUCAGAUCAUCAACUGGCUACAAGAGUUUCGGAGUUGUGUGACACAGCUGACCAAGGACCAUGAACAGCUCAUCUAUACUGUCUUAAGGCUUCCAUGGGUGGGCCGGAGCCAGGCUGUGGUGGAGGAGUACAUGGCCUUCCUCAGUAACCUGGUCUCAGCACAGACUGUCUACCUGUGUGCCUGCCUCAAGAUGGUGGUCUCCCACUUCACUCCUAAGAGAGUGACCAUCUGUGAAGGAGGAGUCGAUAUCUCGGAUUCAGAUGAUGAAGAUGAGAACCUUCCCAGGAACUUCAGUCAGUGUCAUGAGGCAUUACAGCUCAUCACCAGAUAUGUUCCAUCCACGAGUCACUUUCUCAUGCCCAUUCUGCAAGAGAACUUCCCCUUUGUACAGAAAUCCUCCAGAACACUGGAGUGUUAUGUCCACAACCUCCUGAGGGUGUCCGUGUAUAUACCAGCACUCAGACGGGACAUACUGGAGCUGAUCAUCGGAAAGAUGCUCAAACUGGAUGUGAGUGCAUCCCGUACAGACAUUGAGGAGGCAGAGGAGAACGCUUUGCAGACCCAGCAGGUGGAUGAGCAAUCUGAGGAGGGACUCUUUGACAUGGAUGAGGACAUGUCAGCAGAUGACUCCUCCAGGGUGGCUGUGACAGCCCACCCAGUGGCUGAGAGGCUGGACGCUCUCAUGGCUGUUCUGAUGGCUUACAUCAAGGAUGUCUGCCAUGAAAAUGGCGCUCUUCAUGUUGAACGGACGAAGGAGCUGUACCGUGAUCUGUUGGGUGUGUUUGACAAGCUCAUUCUGCCGACACACGCUUCCUGCCAUGUCCAGUACACACUCUUCUACCUCUGCAGCUUCAGACUGGCGUUGGCCGAGGCCUUCCUGGAUCACCUUUGGAAGGUCCUGCAGAGCCCCUCUCAGCCUGCUGUUCUCCGGCAGGCUGCUGCCGGAUACUUAGGAAGCUUCCUUGCCCGAGCAAAGUUCAUCCCUGUGCUCACUGUGCGGGCCUGCCUGGACCUGCUGCUCUCCUGGAUCCAUCGCUACAUUGACAGCCAGGACAGCAGCGGCAGACAGGCCUGCUGUGACAUCAGCCUGCACGGGCCCUUCUACGCUGCCUGCCAGGCUGUCUUCUACACACUAAUCUUCAGACACAGAGCCAUGCUGGAGGGCAACAUGAAGAAAGGUCUGGAGUACCUGCAGAGUCUAAACCUGGAGCGGGUGGUGAUGUGUCAGCUGAAUCCCCUCAAAGUGUGCCUGCCAUCAGUCACCAGCAUGUUUGCUGCCAUCACCAGGAAGUACCAGGUGGUGUUCUGCUACACCAUCAUAGAGAGGAAUAACCGCACCGUGCUGCCGGUGGUGCGCAGCUCUGCAGGGGGAGACAGUGUGACCACCAACACCAACCCGCUUGACAGCUUCUUCCCCUUCGACCCCUUCCUGCUCAAGAGGUCUGGUCAGUUGAUCGAGCCACUGUACCAGGUCUGGGAAGAACUAGCAGACAAAGACCUGCUUCCCAUCAAAGCAGGCCGACAGGGCUCCAGAGAAGACGAGGAUGACUUCCUGUGCGGGGAGACGGCCCAGGCCGAGGGCAUUGUAGGAAUGACGCCCAGCUCCUACGACUCGAACCUACGCAGCCCGAGCAGCGUGGGUUCACCGCCCUUCACCUUCCAGAGACCGUUCUAGUCCGUCUUCAUGGUCUGUCCUGUUCUUACGCGGGCCGCCCCGGAUAUGACACAAACUGCUCUGUGAGUCCUGAAAGAAAGAGUGAGGACGUCUCCUUCCCUCAGAGCAGAGAGACAGCUGCCACACAUGGACUGGAUUCUGGUCAAGGGACUCUGAAUAUCCACAUUAUAUUUAUACGGUUUCUAACACAAACUGAAGAGCAAGUCACAUGUGAGGAGAUGUGACCGAUCUCUUUUCAUACAGGAAUACUUGUUUGUCUUAUUGAAUACCAACGUUUUUAAUGAAAUUAUGACUGUACAUGUUCUGAUUGUGACUUCUUCACCGUUAAGUUUAAGUUAAGUUUAAACUCUACAUAGACUGUUAUAUAGAGGCUCUCAGCUUUUGUUUGUUCUGUAUCACAGUAACUUCAACUCAGAUGAACUCGAGCUUGAAGAUGUAUGUUUUGUGGGCAGUAAAAUAUUGUGAUGAGAUAAUUGUACUUUUUGUUUGUUAAUGAAAUUCAUUUCUAGACACGUUUUUGAGAUC